AUGCCACCCUCUGGCGAGUCGACGCUGGCGGUUAGACGAGGAAGGCGAGUUCUGGACGGCGAUUGGCUGACAGGUCUCAGAGAUGGGCUGGAUGCGCUCUGGGUAAUUAAGAUAAGAUACGAACAGGACGGAUCAGGACGACAGGGUAGUUGCGAACCGCGCAAGGAACAAAGGGGGAAGGGGCGGGCGCUGCGCGUUUACGAGGAGGUGAAACGGAGCAAGAGUGGAUUGCUGCUCAUAGUAUCACUCGUCUGCCUCUGCCACCGCCUCCUGACGCGAAAUCACACCAUGGCCGGAUACACGCAACCAGCCAGUUUCUCAGACCGAAGGGGGAGUACUUUCAGCUGCGACGAGCUCUCUCUCGACACUGGUUCUAUGAAGGCCACGCAGACUCGACCCCCUAGGGGUCCCCCAACCCCGAGCAUGAGCACUCCUGCUGCCGACUUCGAUCAGACUUUAACAGGAUCCCCGCCGCCACCGCCAACCCCGGCUGCCUCGCCCGGCCCUUCACACAUCCAACCUGACUGGAGCGAUGUUGCCGCCGACGAGGACUUCUUUCAUGCCAAGGUCCGCCACCACUUUAAGAGCUGCAGCAGUUCGCAGCGUACGCGACUGCUGGCCGACUUGCUCAAUCUCUGCACGAGCCAGCAAUUGAGUUUCGUCCACCAAUUUGUCAGCCCGUUGCUGAAAAAGGAUCCUUUCACGAGCCUGCCCGACGAGCUCUGCUUAAGAAUCCUUUCCUUCAUCGACGAUCCAAAGGUUUUGGCCCGCGCCUCUCAGGUAUCGCGUCGCUGGCGGGAUCUUCUAAGCGACGACAUGACGUGGAAGAACCUCUGUGUCAAACAUGAUUACGGUCGCCGUCUUUCUAUAAUUCUCCCGACCCCCCCUGCUGUCAUGGCCUCGGAGGACUCGGUAUCAUUCCCAAUGAGCGUUUUCGAUAGCGACUUUGCUGCGCGUGGAUCCUCGCUGCUCGGACCGCAGGACCCUGACCUGCCCUUGGCUACGUCUCGUAGUCUCGACGGCGCCUCCGGGAGCUCGCUCUCCAGAACCCGACCGAAGCUCAAGUCUUACAAGUCGCAUUUCAAGCAGCGAUAUCUCGUUGACGCCGCCUGGCGAACCGGCGGUCGCAACAGUGCGAAGAACAUCACCCAGGAUGGCGGUGUGGUCACCAGUCUUCAUCUGACGUCCAAAUACAUCAUUGUUGCGCUGGAUAAUGCCAGGAUCCAUGUGUUUGACACCGAGGGCGAAAACCAAAAGACUCUCCAGGGACACGUGAUGGGCGUAUGGGCCAUGAUCCCAUGGGAUGAUAUACUCGUUAGCGGGGGUUGCGAUCGCGAUGUCCGCGUGUGGAAUCUAGCUACUGGGGCAUGCCUGCACACUCUCCGCGGGCACACAUCGACGGUUCGCUGUCUCAAGAUGUCAGACGAGAACACGGCAAUUUCUGGCUCCCGCGACACCACCCUUCGAAUCUGGGACAUUCGCACCGGCCUCUGCCGCAAUGUUCUAGUUGGUCACCAAGCCAGCGUGCGGUGCCUCGAGAUCAAGGGCGACAUUGUCGUGUCAGGCAGCUACGACACCACGGCAAAGGUCUGGAGCAUAUCCGAGGGCCGAUGCCUGCACACCCUGCAGGGCCACUAUAGCCAGAUCUACGCCAUUGCCUUUGACGGCGUCCGGGUGGCUACUGGGAGCCUCGACACUAGCGUUCGGAUAUGGAACGCCGCGACAGGAGAGUGCCAGGCUGUUUUGCAGGGCCACACGUCGCUUGUCGGCCAGUUGCAGAUGCGUGGCGACACGCUGGUGACAGGCGGUUCUGACGGCUCUGUCAGGGUGUGGUCGCUUUCCCGAUUCUGUCCGAUUCACAGGCUGGCGGCGCAUGAUAAUAGUGUUACGAGCCUUCAGUUUGACGACACGCGUGUUGUGAGCGGUGGUAGUGACGGCCGCGUCAAGGUGUGGGACUUGAAGACAGGCCAGCUUGUCCGCGAGCUCAUCUCCCACGGCGAUGCUGUGUGGCGCGUGGCUUUCGAGGACGAGAAGUGUGUGGCGAUGGCCCUUCGCAAUGGCCGGACCGUCAUGGAGGUAUGGUCUUUCUCCCCCCCAGAAGAAGCUCUCGUGGAGUACCCCUUGUCGAUUCCGCCACGUUCUCUCGAGACGUCUGAGCCAGCCCGCCCGAUGAGCGCCAUGGCGCUCGACUUCCACCACCCACAAAGCUUACUCGGCAACCUGCCGCAGCGAGAUUCGUCGGGUCAGGACACCGACAUGAGAGAUGCCGGACCGGCAACAGCCCCGCUCGAGCAGGGCAGUGCUGCCUUCUUUCAAGACGCCGUCUGA